CUGUACAUCUGCUGGCGUGUGUACUUCACUACUUAUAAUCUGUUCAAUCUCCCUUUCUUUUUUUCUUGUACCAAUUUCAACUCGUUUCCCGUUCGAUAGAUGUAUGUAUAUCUAGUACAAUCUAUCAAUCUAUCAAUCUGUCAAUCUGUCUUUCGUUAUUACAAAAAGCGACCAUUUCACGCCCCAUUACACCAAAACAGUUCUAGAAGCUUUUAAAUAAAAGUUAUUCAUAAUCCAAUUAGGAUGGAGUGGCUUGGACAUGCAAAGAUUGGAUUUACCCAUCCUCCAAAUCCCAUAAGCCUCAAAAGUAAAGAUGGUUCUACAACAGAUCUUCUCAAGAUAUGUGAAGAGUCAACUCCGCCAUGUCGUCUCAACCCCCUUUUAUUCAAUGGUCACAUGCAAACGUUCUGGACCGUUGUAAAGAACGAUGGACCUCCUAUUUACUAUAAACGAAAGCUCUUUGAGAAUGAGGAUCCAGCUUUCCAAGGCUCUUUUGCUGUUGAUUUCGUAGUCCAUGAGCCAUAUAGCGAGGUUGAUGAUACUUUGCCUAUUCGUACUACAUACUAUACGGAUGAAGAGUUCUCAGGGAUUGCAUCUUUAGAUAGUCGGCCAAUGCUCGUGACUUUACAUGGACUUUCCGGUGGUUCUUACGAGAUCUAUCUCAAGCAUGUAUUGGAGCCUUUGGUUGGAGCCGAUCAUGCUUCAAAAUGGGAGGCAUGCGUUAUCAAUAGUCGUGGAUGUGCCAAACAUAAAAUCACGAGCAGUGUACUGUACAAUGCAAGAGCUACAUGGGAUACUCGACAGACAAUUGCUUGGCUGAGAAAGACCUUUCCCAACAGGCCUUUGUUUGGUAUCGGUUUCUCUCUAGGAGCUAACAUUCUUACCAAUUAUAUCGCCGAAGAAGGAGAUGCAUGCGUCCUCAAAGCCGCCGUCGUUUGUUCCAACCCCUGGAACUUAGAUGCUGGAUCACUCGCUCUCCAAAGAACCUGGCUUGGAAGAGAAGUUUACUCCAAGACCAUGGGUAGCAAUAUGAAAAGACUCGUUGAACUUCAUCAUGACCAGAUCAUCAAAAAUCCAAAGAUUGAUUUUGACAAGAUUAGGAACAUCACCUACCUACACGAAUUCGAUCGACAAAUUCAAGGUCCUGCUUGGGGUUACCCUACAGAGGGUGCAUACUACAGAGACGCUUCAUCAACAGAUUCGCUACUGGCUGUGAAAAUUCCUUUCUUUGCUAUAAAUGCUGAGGAUGACCCUAUCGCUACCGGUGAAUGCUUACCACGUGAAGAAAUCAAGAAGAAUCCAUACACAGUGCUGUGUACCACAUCUCUAGGUGGCCACUUAUCAUGGUUUGAGAUCGGGGGUCACAGGUGGCAUGCUCGCCCAUGUGUCAACUUCCUGAACAAAAUGGCUUUUGAAGUACAACUUGACACCAUUGUUCCUCCUGACGCACACGAUUCCGCUGAUCUGAGUCCCCCUCGCCCUAGAUUUCAACCGAUGGUUCGAAAAUGGACUUGAGGUUCCGCUAUUAUAAGCAACUUGAACUGAAGAUGUUAGAAUAGAGCGAGGCAUGUUUUAUAGACUUUAUUUAGAUAUCGUAGCA